UGCUCUUUCUGUCCUCAGGGUCCUCCUGGUCUCACCGGGGACCUCGGACAGCAGGGAGAGGCUGGACCCAAUGGAGUGGAUGGUGCGGCGGGGACCAAAGGAGACAUAGGAGACACCGGGAAAUCUGGACCACCAGGAGCGGCAGGAGAACAAGGACCGUCUGGAUCUCCUGGGCGAAGGGGCCACUUGGGAAAAGCAGGAAAGGAAGGAAAGGCCGGCCUGAAAGGAACAAAGGGGGAAGCUGGUUUCGAAGGCCCCGUAGGAAAGACAGGGCCCGUAGGUGCCCAGGGAUACGCCGGAAAGCCCGGCCCUCAGGGUUUGAGAGGGAUCCCCGGCCCUGGAGGUGAACAGGGUUUAAACGGAGCACCUGGCCAAACAGGACCCCCAGGCCCCAUGGGUCCAACAGGAUUACCAGGAUUUAAGGGAGACCACGGCAAGAAAGGAGACAAGGGUCACGGGGGUUUAAUAGGUCUGAUAGGUCCGCCAGGAGACAUCGGAGAGAAGGGGGACCGAGGACUGCCAGGAAACCAGGGACAGACGGGGCCCAAAGGAGAUGAGGGUGGAGUUGGUACAUCAGGUCCCAUCGGCCCCCCCGGCACCUCGGGUCUGUCCGGUACCAUUGGUACAAAGGGCUCUAAAGGAAACCAGGGUCCGAUUGGCCCCAGAGGAGACCUCGGCCCAGCCGGACUUCCAGGACUACCAGGAAAGCCAGCAGUCAGCAUCUCCCCUCUGCCAGAGCGAGGACGCAGGAGGAGAACCAACUCCUUGGUGGACGGUGCUUCACUUGAAGAGGAGGAGGAGCAAACAAGGGAUGGAGGAGAGGAUGAAUGGAUGCAGGCGGACCAGGCAGAGCCGGACGCCUGGAUGAAGGAGACGGAGGGCAAAGGCAUGGAGGAGGUGUUUGCGUCUCUGUCCUCGAUGAAGGUGGAGGUGGAUGGUCUGAGAAACCCCCAUGGGACGUACCUCAGCCCGGCCCGAACCUGCAAGGAGCUCUGGCUCCUCCACCCGGAGCUCCCCAACGGUACCUCAUGUCAAAAGUCUACUUUUCAGUUUGUGUCU